CGUUAAUAAAUUUCAUGUUUUAACAUACAUCCCCCAAAAGGAGGAACCAUUUGGCUGAGUUGGUGGCCUGGGUUUUCAUUUGAGCUGUAGAGUUUUCCACGGGUUUUCCCAUGACCGACGAGUCCAUAUCGAAAAUUCACAAUUGACACAGCACCCCCACUGUGCAAGCUAUAAGACAACUUUCGGGACGGGGGGUUUGCUACACGGUCCAUCUAGUGCAGAGGACUGGAUAUACCUAACAGGUACACAGUUUGGACAGGAUGUACUUGAUGAUCUUGAUGCAAGACCCAUUGAACAAUUUGACCUUUGAACAGUUGUGGGUUGCGGAAUGUUUUCGGUUGAACAAGACAUUGUUGUUGUUGUUGUUGUUUCUGGUGGUGAUGGUGGACCUCAAUUUACUAUACCAGUUGUGCGCAGAACACCCGUACUUGAUGUCAUGGACGGAAACACCGUUUGUCAUCCAAGCGUUGCGUUAUUGUCAAGGCAUCACCCAUGAAGGCCGACUCUUACAACAGAGGGUUUGCUCUUGGUAGCGCUUCAGCCAAUUUCACCAUCCCAGAAUUCUGGUUAAUAUUAUUGCAUUUUUUGUGUGGGUGUUUCCAGUGCGACAAGGAUCCCACAGAACAUGGGAUGAAGAUUUGUAUCGGAUUCACCAUGCGUUCGGGAUGCCAACUGUGUAUAGCACAAAAGUGACUCUUCCACUGGAAGGGUACAUGUAUGUAGCUGGGCAGUCAGACAGGUUUGACCUCUCAUGUUUGGCAGGAGAGGUUCUCUUCUCAGAUAACAUUGACACACAGUAUUUACAUCUACCUUUGGCCGACUGGUUUGCCCUGCGAAAGCACAGCAUGGCACAAGCCUGGCACAAGCCCCAAGAUGUCUUCUAUAUAGAUGAAUAUGGAUGUGCAAAUCUGUUCCCGGUGUCAGAUAGGAAAGAAAAAGACCUCUUGCCUUGUCAGUCGUCAGUGUCCAUGUAAACCACCCAGCUUUUGCGACGUAGACUUUGGUCUCCGGUUCUGUAGGGAAUUGACAUGAGAUUCGUGGAUGCUAGGUUUCUGACUCUCUUCACCUCUGAAACCCAAACCUACCAUCGGAUCGAACCUCUGAAACCGUAAAUACCAGAGUUUUUGGUUUGAUCCUUCUGCUUGGGAAUGGAUCCCCACCGGAGAAUCCCCCGCCGGAUCCCCAUCUCGGAGAAGCCUUCCUGCCGGGAGAUGCCCAUCUGGCUUCCCAAAGCUGAUUACUCCGUUGAUUGUUCAUGGUUCCUUGGUCACGGCUCCAAUCUCAUUCAAGAAUUUCCUCAUCAAGCUAGAGGGCCACAACAUUCUAUGAUUACACAAGCACUGCACUCCCGUUGUUGGCUACCAAGUGUUCACGACCCUUAGCAGCUUGCAGGGUGGGACGUGGCAAACAGUUUCUUGGGUCGAAGGUCUUGUUCCUCCUCGUGGAGGGUAGCUCGUCCCGCGCCAGGUGGUCGUGGUCGAAGCAAGUCUAGUGGUCGCGGAGGAGCCCGAAGCAAAUCCAAGAGUCACCGCAAAGGCAGCCGGAGCAGGAGGCGGAGCCGCAGCGGCCGGAGGAAAGCAUCCUCUUCCCCACACAAAAAGAAGGCACGCCGUGGCUCCCAGAGUCCCGAACGCACCGUGGCGCCACCACCGAGUGUGCAGGUGCCCAGCGAGGAGGUCCAAGCAGCCUUGGCGAGAUUCCCGGCCUACAGCUGUGUGAGGUUGAAAGGAUUGAAAAUCAAUACUGACCUCAACGGCCUCGUUGGCAUUGUGGCUCCCCCUGAGUUGGAAUCAAACGUGCCGGGCACGUUGAAAGUCCGAUUGGAGUCGGAGCGCGAGGUUGCCGUCCGGCCGCCCAACUUGGACCUGCUGGAAGGCAAAGAGGCUAUGACGUCUCAACAGAAGGAGAAAUUGCAGAAGGUCGUGAAGCAGCUCCAGACCGAGGAACCGUCGACAGAAUGUUUGGCAGCGGCAGUGGAAUGGAGUGGGGGUCACCGAUGAAGGCCGCAGGAGGCGUCCAAGCGCGCCGUGCUGCCGCCGCGGCGGCUGUGGCGGCGGCAGCGGAAGCAGCUGCCAAGGUGAGGUUUUCCUGCAGGUGUUCAUUGGGGUUUGGGAGAACAAACAUUGUACCCAUUGGGAAACCAGACUUACAUUAGCA